UCUCAAUUCUCAAUCUCUCUCUAUCAUCAUCAUCAUGGAAACCGCCGGAAAGUCGAAGAAAGGUGCCGCCGGAAGGAAGGGAGGCGAGGCAAGGAAGAAAUCAGUGACAAGAUCAAUCAGAGCAGGUCUUCAAUUCCCCGUCGGCCGUAUCGGUCGUUACUUGAAGAAAGGAAGAUACGCUCAAAGAAUCGGAACCGGUGCUCCGGUCUACUUGGCUGCUGUUCUUGAGUAUCUCGCCGCCGAGGUUUUGGAAUUGGCUGGUAAUGCUGCUAGGGAUAAUAAGAAGAACAGAAUUAUACCUAGACAUCUUUUACUUGCAAUUAGGAAUGAUGAAGAAUUGGGAAAAUUGUUGUCUGGAGUUACGAUUUCUUAUGGCGGUGUUCUUCCGAAUAUUAACCCGAUUUUGUUGCCUAAGAAGACUGAUAAGCCUACUAAGGAACCGAAAUCUCCGACCAAAGCUGCCGGAAAAGCGGUUGCUUAAUUACUUUAUAGUGAUAUAAUUAGGGUUUGUUUAUGUCACAUUUCUUAUUCUGUAAUUUCAUUAUAUUUUAUAUCAUUAUCAAAUACUUUUAAUCGAUUUGAAUGUUCGUUUACGGUUCU